GGGUUUGUUCCCGCCUCUCCUUCCCCUCAGAUUCCGGCGCUGCUGCGGGAAGGUCGCGGAGGGGAGAGGGACGCCCGCUCGUGAGCAUGCUGGCUGCCGGUGUCCGCAGGUUUACCACCUCCGCUCUCCGCAGGAGCCACUAUGAGGAAGGCCCUGGAAAGAAUCUUCCAUUUUCUGUGGACAACAAAUGGCGAUUACUUGUACUAAUGUGUGGGUUCUUUGGAAGUGGAUUUGUGGCCCCUUUUGUUAUAGUCAGACACCAGCUUCUUAAGAAAUGAAGAGGACACACUGUAAUUGCACUAAUUUGAGUUGAAAUCUCCAUAGCAUCUUCCAAUGGAAAAAAGAGAGCUGCAAAUGCUGCAUGUGUCUAAAUAAAAUCUUUAACCUGAA